GGUAAUUCCUAGACUGAUUGUGAGCCAACUCAUGCCAUAUUCGAUGUGUGUAACAUAUUGCAGUGUACAUAACCCCUCCUUUACUACGCCACACUGGCUGGGAUACCUGCUGUUCUCAGAAACGUCACACGGAUUCUGUUAUAAAGUCCACCACAAUAGAUCGCCGGGGCAUUUGUUUCCAUAUAGACGCCUGGCAGCAGCUUGGGAGAGAAAGAAAGGCAAGAGGAGACAGAUCGGAAAGAUGUUUUACUCGGGGCUCCUAACAGACCGAAAGGAUGUGGACCUGAGGGAAGCUGCAUCUCUCCGACAACAGAGGAGAAUGAAGCAGGCAGUGCAGUUUAACCACAAGGACUCGGCUGACCUGCUACCAUUAGAUGGGCUGAAAAAGCUGGGGACUUCGAAAGAUACUCAACCGCACAACAUCCUCCAGAGACGGUUGAUGGAGACAAACAUGUCCAGGUUGCGCCACAACCGGGGCAGCUGCUCUCAGAAGAACGAACUCUCACUCCAGACAAAUAAACUGAAUCAAAUGAAACUGGAUGGCCCAAAGAAAACAGAGCAAGAAGACCUCAUCCUGGUGUGUUGCCAGUGCGCUGGGAAGGAACUGCAAGUUGUGGUUGAUACUGGAUGUCAGAGCAAUGUCAUAUCAUCUGCAUGUCUGGAGCGACUAGGACUAAAGGAGCACAUGAAAUCCUAUAAGCCCGAAGGUGAGAAGAUUUCAUUGCCACACAGUGUGAAAGUGAUUGGCCACAUAGAACACCUGGUUCUUACCAUGGGGACUAUUCACGUGGACUGUUCAGCAAUUGUGGCAGAAGAUAAUGAUAAAAACUUCUCCCUGGGGUUACAGACACUGAAAUCUUUGAAGUGUGUGAUAAACCUCGAAAACUAUCACUUGAUCUUGGGGAAGACAGACAGGGUAGAAAUUCCUUUUGUCAGUAAUGCCUCUGCUCACGAAGAGAAGGCACAUCCUCAUGGCAGCCACCUGCGCUCCUGGUUCAGUGCUGUAGGACACAGCUGGAAGCCUGGGAAGUGUCCCUGGAAAAGCACUUCUGAGGCUUGAAGAGAAUGCACUGCUGGCUUCAGAGAAUAAGGCUUUUGUGAUUGAAAGGAGAGUCGGCAAUACUGAUAACCCCACCUUGCUAGACUUUAGCUAGCUUGUAGCUAAAUGAAGGAAGGAGUUUAGGGCAACUUCAGGCAUUCAGUCACCAUGCCAAGAGUCUGGACAGUGGACUUCUAAAAGCACAUCUGAGUCCACUCUUAAAAAUGAUGUCCUCUUUAUGGUCAUCUAAAUAUGAAAAUGUUUCUUUUUCAUCUUUUUUGUUAUGAAUGGAUUAGUGAAAUGAAUUGCCUCUUGUGAGACUGAAAAAGACAAUUUUUAUAACUUCCUCUUUUGAACUAAUUGUAUUUAGCUGCAGUGAGAGGCUAUGAGAAUCAGAUUUUUAGAAUUAUUUUUAAACAGAGAAUGAUUAAUAAUUGGACAUGAUUGGGUUCAAAGGAGUUACAAACCAGAGCCUAUUCACAAUUAAAUAAGUUCAUCCAAA